GAUUGAAGGCAGCCGGCGCCUUUCUUCGGACAUUGGCAGCGUGCCUUCGCACCGACCAUAUCAGGCCCUGCUGGCAGGAUUUCUAAAGAGCAAGGGAUAGCAUAGGGAGGCCCAGCACCAUACCGGAGGAUAAAGUCUGUGACUGACUUAUUGCCCAAGGGUGACAGAGCUUCGUUCUCAUGGACUAAUAUGUCCGAGUCAGUCGAGUGAAGUAGAUUGGUUGAGUCAACAGUAUGUCCAGAUAUAUUAUGGCCGAAUUGUCGCUCCAUGGUGGGUGAGAUAAUGCUCACUCCUGAAAACAACUUGAACAACCAUCAUGUCGGGUUUAGCAACAUAUUUCAACAAUCGUACUCAUUCAGAUAUUGAAGUCCAUGUUGGGCAGCGGAGACUCUUCCUCCACCGCUUGAUCCUCUGCCAGGCGAGCGGCUUCUUCAAGGGACUAUUGGAAAGCUCACUCGCAGAGACCGCUUCUCCUGUCAUUCCAUUGGAGAGCUAUGAUGAGUAUGCCGUCUGCACGAUGUUCAGAUUCCUGUACUUAGCAGACCGCCCUGAGACACUGAAAUCUGAGGUAAACAGCCUUACAUUGACCGAGCUGCUCGACCUCUGGAUUAUAGCAGAUAAGUACGAUAUUGGUCCCGCGGUCAGCGAAAUCGAAGAAAAUACUCCACUGGGUCCGAAAGUCCUGAUUGUCCGUCGCAUCAGCGACGAAUACUCUUUUGACCCGGGCGAUGUCGCCAAAGCUGCCAACAUGGUGCAUCGCGAAGCUUUUAUUUCCACCCUGGACGGUAGGACGGUGGGCAAUUUUGUUCAGGAGAAGUUUACCCGAAUGUUCCGUCGAGAUCCACUUCGAUUCGCUGAUACAUUGAGAAGCAAUCCUAACUUGGCGGCCAACGUGGCUAUUCAACUCGCUCAACGGCACACUGGCCGCCGCCACCGCAGACACCGGCACGAACCGAGCAUCAGUACUAUAGAUGAUGAGCAUGAUAGUGAACUUGAGUCUGUGCUACGUCUCUCGUGGCUAGCUGUGAGCCUUGAUUUUGCUAUAGGGAAUGAACUUUGUAUCGCAAGUAUUUCGAUGGCAAUAGCCAUCGCAUUAAGGCAUACACUGCCGGAGAGGCCCAUAGUCAAGUCUGAGAUCUUCGUCACUUUCGCUGAAUCGGUCAGGGGAGCUCGAGAAAGGGGAGAGGAGGACAUUUCACAGUGACUGGAAAUACUCAAGGAGGUCGAGCACCAAAGCAAGCAU